UGUCGAGACAUAAAACAAACAGAUUGUAAUAAAUGUGGUAAACGGACAAAAUUAAAGGUGUAAUAAAAUUAUGCGUGAUAUUUUGGCAUAAAAUAAAUUAACAAUAUGGCUCUGGAUUUAGUCAGCAUCGCACAACCACAUUAUAUUCCUGGAUACACCGGUCACUGUCCCGAAUACAAAUACCGCAUUGGCGAUACAUAUGGCUCGACCACACAUAAGAUCUUGCUGGACCCCAGCGUCAAUCACUCGGAAAGGCUGGUACUGUCUGACAGAACCGCAGAUGACUUCCAGAUAUUUCGUCCACCACAGCAAGCUAUCGAUGUCGUCAACGCUAGGUUUCGGAAUGGUGAUCCUGUUUAUAAACACCCGAUGAUACCGGGAUAUGAAGGCUUCUUACCACGUUUGAACGCCCACUUCGGACAGCGGUAUACCGUAGCAGCCACAGAGGCCUUGUCGGAGUUCCAAAAAUUACAACUUAACCAGCGCUCAGCCAGGAACCAGCUUGAAAGGGUCGUGGACUUGCAAGCAGGGAAAGGCCAACCAUGGAACCUGGUUGAUCGAUUUUCGGCGACUGCGGAGUUUAAGUUGCCAUUGGUGGUGGUGAGGCCAGAAUGUGCGGGAAUAUUGCGAGACCUGCCAAUGGAUGAACCGAAACUUUCACCGGCGUCUCAUUCAAUCAGUCCAUACUUCAUGGAGGAUUCAGAUCCACAGAAAUAUAUAAAGAAAGGUUUUGCUGGUCACGUACCAUACGGUUUCCAGCGGUUUGGGGACUCAUCAAAGAAACUUACAAACUCUGCCUUGUGCGAUUUCUCAUCUAACUACAGGCGACGUCAAAGUACAGAAUGGGCGCCUGUAAACGUCGUCAAACCUGAUCCUCCUCUAUCCAUAAAUCCUACGGAGAUUUAUCACAAACACGUCGGAAUGCUGCCAAACUAUGCAGGCCAUGUUCCUGGGUGUCUGUUUAGAUUUGGUAAGACAUAUGGAAAUGACACACGCGAUGCUAAGAGAUGGCUUCGCGGCGACUUCAAACCUUAAAUUGUCAAGAAUAAAUGAAACUUGAUUGUCAACAUAACACAUUUUAUAUUAUAUACAGUAUUACAUAUAUUUAUAC